GGUUUGAAGGAAAUAGUGGACUGUUGAGAGAGCAUCUUUCAUCCUUGUUGGCCAAUCAGGUCAGCAAAAACCCAGAUGCAACCCUCUUAGAUCAGGAUCCUGGUUCACCAUCUGAGCUUUGGCUGAAACGUGCUGACAGUGUUUGCCUUGAGCCGGUGUCUGCAGGUCUUCCAUCUGUGGGAGCGAUUACCCUACAGAGUCCUGCUUUACUCUGUACUGAGAGCUCUUUGCCGGAACCGUCAGCUUGUGAGGAGCCCACGCCACACAACAGAGAGGAGAAUGUAGCUGGGUUAGAUUGGCCAGCAAGCAAUGACAGCUUCCUCUCAGAGUCAGAGGCUAUUAGGAACACCUUAGCUGUAAACGAGGAAACGUGCAAGAGUCAAAAUAAAGAAGGGACUGGAUGUGCAGGAGCUGAGCUACAAAACAGCAGAGGACGAACAGAGAGUUCUGGGAGGUGCCACAAAUCAGGACAUAGCAGUAGGACAGAGGCUUUAAAACUUUUGAACCGAGGGCAGACUUCCAAGUCAGCGGACGUCUGGGAUAAUCACGGAUUCAGUUUAUCAGAGGAGACCCAAGUAGAGGAUACUGGGAGGUGUCGAGACGGAAGAGAGGAUUCAGAUUGCACUGGGAGGAGUCAAGAGGAAUCGGAGAGCAGUGGACAGAGUCAAGCAAGGACAGGGAACAGUGAGACUCAAGAGGAGUCCAAAACAAGUGACUCAGACGCAUCAAAGAGUCCGAGUGUCCAAGCCACAGAUCUCACUGAGACUCCAGCGGACCAAGAGGACCCAACUGCUAUAUGUCAGUUUACACGCUCACGGGCUGAGCAAACUUCACUAAAGAGAGCUUAUAGUUUUGUGACAGAGUCUGUCACUGAUUUUAUCUUUCCUCACACACGCUCUCGACCCCCGCUCAUCCCUGCCAUGCCCACCCUUCCUGAGGAAGAGGAAGACUCUCCAGAGGAGCUCAACAGUACAUCCAGCUCGCCCUCCACAUACGCUCCAGUUGAAAGCAUGAUGGUAAGUGUAACCAUGACUCCGCCAGCUAUUGUGCUUCCAAGACAAGUCAGCAAGCAAGAGCCCUGUCCUCUGGAGAAAGCAAGAUCACACAGCCCUAGGCCUCGUCUCUCCCGAAACUCUGCAUCUUCAUGUCCCAUCACCACAGUGGAUGAUGAUGGGCACGUGAUAGACCUGGUGAAGGAUCAGCUUCCUGAGCUGCAGUUAUCUGAAGAGGAUCGUCAGAAGAAUUUGGAGCUGCUCGAGGAGGCCAAGAAAGUCAGCGAUCGCUUCCUGCAGCGCAGAGGCCGACGCUCCACCUGUAGUCUCAGUGAAUCUCCACCAGCUCUCUCCCCGAACCCAACACCAUGCUCCUCCCCCCGACCAUCCAGAAGCAGUUCCCUCUCCUCACCCUCACAGCUAGGUCCUGAGGUCACCACAACUCCUCCAGCAAGUCCCUCCAUAGCUAAGCAUCUGGAGGUACCAUCUACUCAUGACCAAGGGGACACGAGUAAGCCAGAACAGGAGACCUUCACGAGGCUAGUAGAUUGGAUGCCCAGUGACAAGCGAAAGGUGUCCUCAGGACCUUUAACCGUGCGUUAUUCCACCGCUGUACCAGCCAGAGAUCCUGCUGUGGUUCAGAAGGAGAAGCCAGACCAUCAUGGACCAGCAGACAAGGGGAAGAACUCUGAACACGCAGCCCAGAAAAAGGAGGAGACUUCUGGCUGUGGCAUCACAGGGGUAGCCAAACCCGUCCCCCGGCCACCCACACAGCAAGCCCCGUGCACGGCCGAAAUCAAAACAAUAGGGGCCUUCCCUCCUCUGAUGAGAGCCGUCUCCUGGGACACGGUAGGCUCCAUAAACAUGAGGAAUGCAGCUCCUAAAGGGGAGGACAGUCUUUCAGACAAAUCAAGGGAGUUUCUUUUUAAGUCCUCUGGGUACAAGGACUUCCCUGUGCCACCUGGGAAUGUUCAGAAACUGUCUAAAUUGCGCGAGGAGCACAAACUGAUGCGUAACCAGAGCAUUUCCAGCCCAAAGCUUCCUGACCUGAGUGAAACGACUGAGCAGGAACGAGGUCCAUCCUCUCCACUCACCAGCUCUCCUAGUGAAGAGGAGGCCAAAGAGAAGCCUGAUGCUAUGCCCAACAUUUCAGACGUCAUGCUACGCAAGCUCAAACUGCACAGAGGUUUACCUGGCUGCGCACCCCCGCUCUCAGAGAAAGAAGUUGAGAACGCAUUUGUGCAGCUGUCCCUGGCAUUCCGCAAUGACAAUUACACGCUGGAGUCGCGGCUGAAACAGGCGGAAAGAGAGCGCAGCCUGACUGAGGAAAACGCUGAGAAGGAACUGGAAGAGUUUAAAAGCACUCUCAAGAACACUGUGUCACUGUGGCAGAACAUCGAGCAGCGGGAGUUUUAUCAGCAUCUCUUUGAAACGAUCGCCAUAUUGUACCGCCUGACCAACCGCCUCUCCAGCAGGGCUGAAAUGGUGGGAGCUGUGCGGCAGGAGAAGAGAAUGAAUAAGGCCACUGAGGUGAUGAUGCAGUAUGUGGAGAAUCUGAAGAGGACGUAUGAGAAGGACCAUGCUGAGCUGAUGGAGUUUAAGAAGGUUGCCAGCCAAAACUCCAGCCGCUGUUACGUGGGCUCAGUGGACACUGGAGAGGAUGGUGUUCCACGUACAUCAAGAUCCAUGUCUGUGCAAAUGGGAAAGGCUUUGCCCAGACGAAGAGUCAGUGUGGCUGUAGUUCCCAAGUUUAAUCUACUGAACAUCCCCGGGCAGACGCCAGCCGCCGGUGGCCCUAAUGCUGGCCCACUUCCUGUGGUGUGUGAGGCGAACACCAUUAAGAACAGCAGUUCCUCAGACCCCACACAACAAGAUGUGCCUGAUAAAUCAUACCAGGAAGGACUUAAGAGGUCUAAAGAACUUCAAGAGCUGAAGGAGGAGGAAGAGAAAGCGGAAGAGAAGCCGAAGGACUCUGAGGAGGAAGCAAGAGGAAAUACUGAUAAAGACAGGAAGACUAAUAGCAGGUUCGAGGAGGCAUUAGAGGUCUUUGACCGGAUAUUCCCAAAAUUCUUCCGAGGAAAUCGAGUGCUCUGGAUCGUCCUCACUCUGUUUUUCGCUUCAUUCAUACUUGUUAAUGUCAUAAGCUUCUUCAGUAACCGCUACAGUGAGAGCGGAGACACGUCUGCAGAGAAGUCCGCCGUCCCAGGCAAGACGUUUUUUGGACUGAAUGUAGGGUCGAAGACUCCUGCCCCAGAAUGACAUUAUUUCCUUCCAUCACGGAGAGACAGAUCAAGGGAAUUCUGCUGGCAAUUUCCUUACCAAACACAGCUCAUAUUGUUUCUACCAGUCUUUCACACUGCAUUUAGAAAAUAGCAGAACUACUUGUUAUUGUUUAGGGACCAAGUGUAAUUAGAUGAGCAAUCAGAUUUGCUUUGUAAACUAAAUUGAUAAGUUAUAAUACUUGAGGUUGGGAUUUCUUGAAAUCCGUUUUCUUAAGACUGUCACGUUUGAUAUAUGAUUAUACCACUCGAACCUUAUGAUUAAACUUCUCAGGUUUUGUGAAAUAUAUAUUUGAAAUAUUAGGUACAAUAUUUAAUACAGAAUUUGGUACAGUAUGUUUUAAAGUCUUUGCGAUUGUUUAUGUUGUUUAUUUGAGUUGACAUUCCAAGGUAGAUCCUAAAGUGCAAUAUUUUGCGACUGGUAGUUGAGUUUAAUAGUACAGAAUUUUUCACAAUUUUCAAGAGCACUUUUAACUAGCAUGAGAGAGUUCAUAUUUGCACAUGUGUGCUUGUGUUUACUGUUGUGCCACUUCACCUUGUAAUAAAGGUGUUUGAAAAUCACACGUGGUUGUUUCUAGAGUACAUGUGCUAUUCAAU